AUAAGACCGCCCUCACUUAGCUAGAAGAAUGGCUACUAAAGGACAAGAGAACGCUAGAGAGAGCUCAGAGAGAAAGAGUAAAGAUUUGCCAGGGGCUGAGAGGGCUGCCAGCCUUCUAGUCCCCUCGCCUCUCUGCCUUGUGAGCCUGCAGGCUUGCUCCGCAAUAAUUGGCAUAGAAAGAGCAUGAAAGCCUGAAAAAGCGACUGAGGGCUCCAGGACUCUCCUUUCGAACCUGUCCUGUGCUUGCUGCCACUACAGCUGGUGGGGUAGCAGGUGUCUCUGUUGAUUUGAUAUUAUUUCCUCUGGAUACCAUUAAAACCAGGCUGCAGAGUCCCCAAGGAUUUAACAAGGCCGGUGGUUUUCGUGGAAUAUAUGCUGGUGUUCCUUCUACUGCUAUUGGAUCCUUUCCUAAUGCUGCUGCCUUUUUUAUCACCUAUGAAUAUGUGAAAUGUUUUUUGCAUACCGAUUCAUCUUCAUAUUUGAUGCCUGUGAAGCAUAUGUUGGCUGCCUGUGCUGGAGAAGUGGUUGCCUGCCUGAUUCGAGUUCCUUCUGAAGUAGUUAAGCAGAGGGCGCAAGUAUCUGCUUCUUCAAGAACAUUUAAAAUUUUUUCUAACAUCCUGUAUGAAGAGGGCAUCCAAGGAUUGUAUCGGGGCUACAAAAGCACAGUUUUAAGAGAGAUACCUUUCUCACUGGUCCAGUUUCCAUUAUGGGAAUCCUUAAAAGCCCUCUGGUCCUGGAGGCAGGAUCGUGUGGUGGAUUCUUGGCAGUCAGCAGUCUGUGGAGCUUUUGCAGGUGGAUUUGCAGCUGCAGUCACCACGCCUCUGGACGUAGCAAAAACAAGAAUCAUGUUGGCAAAGGCUGGUUCCGGCACUGCUAGUGGAAACGUGCUCUCUGCCCUGCGUGGGGUCUGGCGGACUCAGGGGCCAGCGGGAUUAUUUGCAGGUGUCUUCCCUCGCGUGGCAGCCAUCAGUCUGGGAGGUUUCAUCUUUCUGGGUGCUUACGACCAAACUCGAAGCUUGCUGUUGGAGCUUGGCACAGAAGGUUCGUGAAUCAGCGAUGGCCCCACAUCCAUUUCUUUCAAAAAAGGUGACUGCCGUGAGAACUGUCUCCUUCCGGUGCGCAGCUGCUUGGCCAUCUGAGCCACAGCAUACAGGCAGAAAGCCAGUUCUGCUAAGAUCGUAACAUAGAGAAUGCGUCUUCCAUGUUGCCGGCUGGAAUGAUGUCAUCAGCCUAUUGCCAGAAAGUUAAAACGAUGGCCGCAGAGGCACUUUUGAACCAUUUUCUCAGAACCUGUUAAUAAAUACGUUUGGUAAUGCUGAGUCCAGGCCCUGCAGAGCUUUCAUUUGAUCUACAGUUGAUCUCUCAUUUCCUGCCCCGGCUAAUGCAUUCAGCGGAAGGCAGAGAUGGUUCUAAGUUUAAAGACUGGCUAGACUGGGAACACGUAGUAGAAUUGGGGGAAAAGUUGUGUAUGUGGGUGGGCGUUUCUCCCCUGGGUUAAUUCCUAUUGUGUAAGCUUAUAGUUUUGUUUAAAAACUGAACUACAGGUGCAUAGUAUACAUUCUUGUUGGGUAACCAGACUGCUGUUUUUAAUUACCCUCACAUUGCAACUAUAAAAACACAAUUGGAUUUUACAGAGACGUGUCCAGCAGCCCAUGUGGUGUGGGAGAGAGAGGGUGGCUGCAGCUCAAGGUGGCCCGCUCGCCUCUGGGCAGGAGGGCGUGGCAGGCCCUCUGAGGAAAUGAGUGGCACCCACUGUUCUCCACAGCCCGCAAGGAAGGGCCAGGGUCGGAAACAGUGUUGAUUCAUUCCUAACUGGAAAGAUUUGUUGCCUGGAGUUUUCAGCUCAAUGCUGGCAAUCAAAGGGGUGAAAUGGGAAGGUUACGAUUUUAGAGCUUGACUAAUAAGCUCCAGGUGUUAAAAUUUAGAGAGAAAUCUCAGGAAUCUAGUGUUGUCGUGUCUUCCCUGGAGCAAUAUAGAUUCGCUUUGCCCAAUUCCCCCCCCUUUUUUUGGGGAAAAAGGUAAUUAAGGCAGAAUGACACCAUGCUGGUUAAUACAGAUGAAUGAUCCCAGACACACUCUUAACAUUUAUAAAUGAAGUUUUAUUAAAGACACUUGAAUGCCAUUUGUUAGACACUUCAAUAUUUUAUGUUUUUCAAUGUACAUUGUACCAAAAUUUCUAUAAAUAAAUAACUUUGUACAUAAAAGUAAUACUUCCUCUUUCACAUUGCCUCUCAGAAGCAGCAAAUUCACAUAUUUUGUGGAAGUAACAUUGAACUGUUGAGAACAAAAUUCUAAACUGCUUACCUUUUAUGAUAGUGAUGACAUUUGACAGUAAAAUUUAACAUAGGUAAGUAACCAUUUUUUUUGUCCACACCUACGUUCAGCUCUUUGACUAAAGAAAUUCAUUUCCUGUUUUAGUAUACUUUUUCCUGAAACAGACAUUGGCACUCACAAGCUGGUUAGCUCUAGAUCUCAAAAGUGCAAAUAGAUCCAGAAGGAGUUGUACAGUCUGAGCCUGGCCGUCUACAAGGGAAGGACGUGGACAGGCUGCUCCAGAUCCUCAGAGAUAAGUGGCCCAGAUUCUGUCCUCUCCCCCAGGCCAAGGGAAUUAUAUUGGCAGAAUUAAAACAUUGCUAUUGAAAAAUCCACAGGUACCAACACCAGCAGCCUCCAUCUAGUAAAAAGCCUCAAAUGACAAAGACAUUUGCUUUUAUCAUAAAAUGAGAUGCAAAGAAGGAAGAGCGGCAGUGCUUAAUGGCUUGGACCAACUGCUC